GCCACAGCCAGGCCGCUGUUCGGGCUGUUCUCGGCCGUGCCAUACGCCGUGGCGGUGUCGCUGACCGGAGCCAUGGCGUACUUCGUCGGCAACUGGCGACCGCUGAGCUUCAUCUACACGAUACCUGCGCUGCUACGGCUCGUCGUAGCUAACCCUUGGGUGCUGAGCGAAUCGCCGCGCUGGCUGCUGCUGCAGGGUCGUCUUGCUGAGGCUGAAGCAGUGUUGAGGAAGGCAGCUCAACUCAAUAAAACUCAACACAAACUCCCAACUAAUCUCAGCCACGUUAUAGCUCGUGUUUAUCAGAGCGAGUGCAAGCGAAGUGUGCGGCAGCAGGGCCAGCUGGCAAGUGUUAGGCGACUGUUCAGCUCCACCAUCAUGCUGAAGAUGAUGGCAGUGCGCACCAUCAUCACUGUUACCAUCGGCAUCCUUGUGAUGAUAAUACCCCUACAGAGUGAUAGCAGUGGGUCUCCAUUCGUCUACAUGGUCGUGGUUGGUAUCGUUGAGGUCCCAGCAUACAUUUUCCCGGCUCCUUUAACGACAAAAUUUGGACGUCGGCCCGUCAUCGCUGGACUGCUGGUGACGAGCUGCUUGCUCCUCCUGGGCCUGGUGGCGCUCGAGUUCUUGCAGCUCGCUCACGAUUGGCCGACGGUCGUGGUUCUGAUUUCGGCGUACAUGCUGCUCUGCGCUACGUUCCAGGUUAACUGGAUGUACUCGAGCGAGCUUUACCCUACUGAAGUUCGAGUCUUGGGCACCUCCAUUAACUACGUCAUGAAUAACGUAGGCUACAGCAUCCCUCCGUUCGUCAGCGCUGCAUUGCCGGCAGAGAAGCAGUGGUGCGCAGUGGUUCUCUACAGCGGCCUUGGUCUCGUCUCGGCAGCUCUGGUUUAUCUCUUGCCAGAAACCAACAAAAAGCCUUUACCCGAAACUAUUGAACAAACCGAAACUGUGUGGAGAAAAAGCAAACAAAAGAAACAGAUGGAAUUCAAAGGAAACUCCGAGCCAGGAAACCCCGAUUUAAGCAGCCACCAGAAAUAUUAAAAAAAAUUAUUAUAUAAAAUUGACGCCGAACUAUCGGUGGUUAUUGUUGAGUACAGAACAAGACCACCGGCCUGUUCAUGGAAGACGUUAAAGCCUCAUUGUUAGGCUAGUUAUCUAAUUACUAUUGUAAGAGAAACGAAUUAUAUAUGAUGGACAGAUAUAUGAACUUUCUCAAUGGAAUCGCUAGAUGUGAAGCGGUGAAGCGUAAACUGCAGUGCAUAUAUAAUAUAUAAUGAGAACGAACUCGUUUACUUCUGUUGUUACAUUUAACCUGUGACAGCGCAGCUGGAAAUAGUAUAGUAUCUCUCUGAUGACGCUAACUGUUUUAGUGUAAGUAAGAGUAAGUAAUCAUAGACAGAAAAAUAUAUUCCAAUUCUACGGAGCAAAGGAUAGAAAUUAAAAAAGUCAACAUAAAAUUUCUUGCAAGUCGGUCCAUCGUGGCAGAAGAUAAACUAUUUUCGUAAAAGAUCGAGUAGUGUUUAGCGACAACUAUUCCACCAAAAUUAUUCUAUUGUGAAAUAAAAGCAAAGAGCUGGAGUUCUAUAUAUAAUUUUCAGAGUAUAACAUAGGAACUGAACUUCAAGUGUAUAGAAGCCUCAAUCAGUUACAAGGGUAAGAGAUUCUUGCAUUACUCGAUUUAUGUUUUCAGUCUUUAAGUAACAAAUUUCGCAUCCGA